AUGGCUCCUUAUAAUGCGAGCCAUCUCCUCCUGGAGGAGCCAAUCCGGUUGGCGUCCAUUCUCGAGUCCUCGUCGUACCAUAAAUCGCUGCCAUGUCUGACCAAGAUCGUUGCGACCGUUGGUGGGACGAGCCAGAGCGUUGAGGUGCUGGAAGGGCUGCUGGAAGCCGGCAUGAACGUCGCGCGAUUCGACUUCUCGCAUGGGGACUCGGACUAUCACCAAACCACUCUGGACAACCUUCGCGCGGCCAUGCGCAAGACAAAGAAGCUCUGUGCGGUGAUGUUUGACACGAUGGGGCCGGAGAUCACCAUCCACAACGCGUCGGGCAGCCCCAUCUCGCUCACGGCCGGCGACUCCAUCACCAUCACGCCCAGCCCCUCCGCCGCGCCCAUCUCCUCGCAGCUGCUCCCCAUCAACUUCAAGGGCCUCGCCAAGGCAGUGAAGCCGGGAGAUGAGAUCUUUGUGGGGCAGUACCUGUUCACGGGCAGCGAAACCACCUCCGUCUGGCUCGAGGUCCACGAGACUAAGGGCGCUGAUGUGAUCUGCUUCGUCAAGAACAGUGCCACGCUGGCGGGCACUGUGUUCACGGCCCACGUGGCACAGGUGCGCAUAGACCUGCCGACGCUGACGGAGGAGGACAAGCGGCUGAUUGCCACGUGGGGGCAGCGCAACAGCAUCGACAUCAUCUCCCUCUCCUUCACACGCCAUGCUGACGACGUCCGCCAGGCCCGAGCGCUGCUGUCGAAGCUGGGCGAUCUCUCUCAGACGCAGAUCUAUGCCAAGAUUGAAAACAUGGAGGGAUUGAAGCACUUUGACGAGAUUCUUCAGGAGGCAGACGGCAUCAUCCUCUCACGAGGCGAUUUGGGCAUUGACCUCCCAGCAGAGAAGGUGUUUCUGUUUCAGAAGGCGGCCAUCUUCAAGUGCAACAUGGCGGGCAAGCCAUCCAUCAUCACGCGUGUCGUCGACACCAUGACAGACACGCCGCGCCCCACCAGAGCCGAGGCCACCGACGUUGCCAACGCCGUGCUUGAUGGCACGCACACGGUGCUGCUGGGAGCGGAGACGCUGCGAGGGCUGUACCCCGUGGAGACCGUCAUGACCGUGCGCAAGAUCUGCGCUGAGGCGGAGAAGGUGUACAACCAGCAGCUCUACUUCAAGAAGACGGUCAAAUACGUGGGCGAGCCCAUGAGCCACAUCGAAUCCAUCUGCUCCUCUGCAGUGCGUGCGGCAGAGAAGGUGCGCGCGUCAACCAUCGUGGUCUUCACGUCGUCAGGCCGCACAGCUAGGCUGGUGGCCAAGUACAAGCCCACGAUGCCCACGCUGGUGGUGGUGGUGCCGCGCCUCAGCACCAACCAGCUCAAGUGGAGCUUCACUGGUGCCUUCCAGGCCCGCCAGUGCCUCGCCAUUCGAGGCCUCUUCCCCAUGCUCGCCGACCCACGCAACCCGUCGGCGAGCAACAUCACGACGAACGAGACGGUGCUGAAGAUGGCGAUGGAGAAGGGCAGGGAGAUGGGCCUCAUGCGCGCUCAUGACCGCGUCGUCGUCGUGCAAAAGCUCGGCGACUCCUUUCAUCAGCCAACACAGCAUCCAACAUCGGAAGAGCUGAGUAUCGGAAAGAUCAAGUUCAAGGCGUUUGAUCUCGGUGGUCAUCAGAUAGCCCGACGCGUUUGGAAGGACUAUUACGCGAAGGUGGAUGCCAUAGUGUACCUCGUCGACGCUGCCGAUAAGGAGAGAUUCAUCGAGUCGAAGAAGGAACUCGAUGGACUACUUUCAGACGACUCCCUGGCUCUCGUGCCGUUUCUGAUCUUGGGAAACAAAAUCGACAUUCCAACUGCCGCAUCCGAAGAUGAGCUUCGUUAUUCCCUGGGCCUGACCAACUACACGACAGGGAAGGGCAAGGUAAAUUUGGCAGAGUCCAACAUCAGACCGAUUGAAGUCUUCAUGUGCAGUGUGGUGCGUAAGAUGGGAUAUGGUGAGGGCAUUAAGUGGCUUUCGCAGUACAUCAAGUAG